AUGAGCAGCCGACAGUGGAUCAGCACCUCCGCCCACAGCAGCCAACAGUGGGUCAGCACCUCCACCCACAGCAACCAACAGUGGAUCAGCACCUCUGUCCACAGCAGCCGACCGUGGAUCAGCACCUCCAUUCACAGCAGCCAACAGCGGUCGUGCUGCAACGCUGUCUCUUACGGCUCUUCCGGCGACGCGCGGCGCUGCACCCUCCUCAACGACCCCACCUGUGAGAGCGGCUGGAAGCCGUUCUGCGGCAGCUGCUACAAGUACUUCAGCACGGCGGCGCCCUGGGAUACCGCUGAGUUGAAGUGCGGCCUAGCAGUCCCACACGGCCACCUCGUGUCCAUCAACAGCGCUGGAGAGAACGAGUUUGUGGCGGGCAUGACGCGUCCCCACACCGCCUUCAGCCUCACGGGCUUCGAGCACCGGCCUGAGUACGGCGACGGCCAGUUCCGCUGGUCGGAUGGCUCGCCCACCUCGUACCUGGCCUG